GAGGAAAAAGAAGAAGAAAAAAAGGAAGUGGAAGCAUAAACUGCUGCUGCAUCAAGCUGAAGCUCGUUUGUUUGUGUUGAUUUCGUGUUAAAAGACGACCUUAUAUAUUAAAAUGAGUACUAAUAUUUAUAGGCUGUUUUAAUUUCAAUACCAAAGAUGGUUGUUAACCUUGAGUUAACUCUGGAACUGGUCAGCUCAUAACACUCAACUACGGAAAAGAAUGCUUUUGCUGGGGCGCUAGCUAGCUACCGCUAACGUUAGCUUUAAAGCUACCUCCGAACCGUGUCGAUACCGUUUACAUGAUGAAGAACUGCGAGUACCAGCAGAUCGACCCUCGGGCGCUGACGGUAUCACCCUCGUCGGCACAGAUCCACACCGUGAAGAAAGUGCAGCGACUGCGGAGGAAAUGGGAAGUGUUCCCAGGAAAGAACAGGUUUCUCUGCGAUGGACGGUUCAUCCUGGCCAGACAAAGUGGUGUCCUUCCUCUGACACUGGGCCUUAUUAUUGUCACUUGUUGCCUUUUCUUUGCAUUCGAUUGCCCGUUUCUUGUGGAGCAUCUGACUGUCUUUAUACCUGUGAUUGGUGGGAUGCUUUUUCUAUUUGUGACCAUCUCCCUGCUGCGAACCAGUUUUACAGACCCAGGGAUUCUACCUAGGGCCACCCCAGAUGAAGCUGCAGACAUAGAGAAGCAGAUAGAUACCUCAGGAUCAUCUACUUAUCGCCCUCCUCCACGGACCAAGGAGAUCCUUAUCAAUCAGCAGGUGGUAAAGCUCAAAUACUGCUUCACUUGUAAAAUGUUCCGCCCCCCUCGGACCUCCCACUGCAGCCUUUGUGACAACUGUGUGGAACGGUUUGAUCAUCACUGCCCGUGGGUGGGGAACUGUGUGGGCAAGCGAAAUUACCGCUUUUUCUACAGCUUCAUCGUCUCUCUGUCAUUUCUGACAUCUUUCAUAUUUGGUUGCGUCAUCACACACAUUACCCUGCGCUAUCAAGCAGGUAAAAGCAUUCUUCAAGCCAUUCAAGAGAGCCCUGCCAGUGUGGUGGAGCUGGUGAUUUGUUUCUUUUCCAUCUGGUCUAUACUGGGCCUCUCAGGCUUCCAUACCUACUUAGUUGCAUCCAACCUCACAACAAAUGAAGAUAUAAAGGGCUCUUGGUCGAGUAAAAGGGGGACAGAGGACUCUGGGAACCCAUACAGUUACAACAGUAUUAUAACCAACUGCUGUGCAACAUUAUGUGGCCCCAUGCCCCCAAGUCUGAUUGACAGAAGAGGAUUCCUGCCUCCUGAUGAGGCAGGCCCUGCUGCCUCUACCUCGGAGAUAGAGCUGCCUCCCUUUGCGGCCAAGAAUGGCACACACAUGUGCACUCAGAGCACCAAGGAUGUACUGGAAAGGAUGGUCCACUCCUCUGAAUUUCAAGGCCUGUGCCCCCCUGGCAUCCCAAAGACCACCCCUCUGGGUCUGGAGGGUUCCAACACAGCAGCACCUUCAACAGAGCCUUUACCUUCUGCAGGCUGCUCACGACACCAUGCCUGCCAUUCCGUGGUUACGCCUUGUCCCCCGUUCAGUAGAAGCAGCAGGAGGGACUCGCUGCACUCCAUCAACCCAGCCUUUCGUCUGGCUUCUCCCUCACCUUCAUUGAGCCACACCACCUUGAUUCUGGGCGAUGCACCUGACAUGGGCUUUAUCCUACCCAGAGAGCACCCGCUAACCACAGGAGAAGACGAAGAGUCAUAGUGGACUUGUACUGCUGUACUCAACACUGCUCUGUAUCACUGACAAUGUUUUUGACUACUGAAGAAUUUUUUUCAUAGUGGUGGUCAUGCUGUGCGUUGCCGUUUGGGUAUCUCAUGAUUCUAAUGAAUUAAUUAAGCAUUACCUGGAGGGUGUAAUGUUCUCUGAGUUACAUCAACAGUGUCCUGUUGUGUGUGUCCUUCGGGAUGGAAGUAAAUCUUAGUAACACUUGGAAGCACAAUACAGCAGUAUUUUUAAGCACCUUUUUAUUAAGACACCCAGAACAUGCCUCCACACCUUCCACUGAACCUCAAAGCGGCAGUGCUUAAGUUGCUGGUAGUAUCUUAUACAAGCAGGUCUUUAAAUCUGGGGAUACUGUAGAUGUGAAAGGUACAGAAAAAACAGUUUAGAGUUAGUAAACUGGUAUGCUCAGGAUAGUGAGGAAUUUCAAGAUUUAGCCUUAUGUCAUGUUCUGUUAUGUCCUGUGAUCUAGGGCUGUGUUAUCACAGUGUCACUGGGUGGAUACAGUUUGACUAGAUAAAUGAGUAAUCAGUUUGAGGGAGGAUGGAAAGGUGCAGCUUUUAUUUUAUUUCUAUUAAAUCAUAUAGUUUUGUGUACUGUGUAAUCCGUUCUGCAUAUACUGCAGGUAAACUGAAUAUGUUUCAUGGAUAAAGGCUACGUAUUGACUGAAGUGUGUAGCAUUUCAGAAAUAGCUGCUCCACAUAUCAUAUAAUCACCACUUUGUUGUGCUAUCUGAUUUGCGGGAUGUCAAAUCAAAUUCAAAUGUGUGCAGCGUAGCAGGGCUUGGAUUGCAGUAUUUAACACUGACACACUGUUUCCUAUUGCUGCGAUCUACUUUUUUCUUUGCACAUCCACAGUUCAUUACCAGUCUUGAGUGCGUUGGUGGUUAGCACAGAUUCAGCAUUUGGACAAUUUCAGGCAGAGUAAUGUUUUAGGAAUGUUGACGAGAGCUGUUGCACGGCAAACAGUCAUUUUCAUGGCUGUGAUCUUAUAGCAUGCAGUGCACCAUUCUGUCUACCAUGGUAGAGUAAGUAGCAGGAGCUAACUUGUGCCACUAGGGGGCAAGAUAUGAACAAGGGUCACAGCCUAGUCAGGACAAUUUAGUAGCAUGAGAAUAAAGACCUUUUUAUCUUUUAUUUAUUUUUGCUGAGUGUUAAAGAUGUACAUAUGUUUGUGAAGAACCAUAGUCUUUGUCAUUAAUUUAUCAGUGUGCAUCAAGACCAAUAGGUUGUGUAGAGAUCAUUACAAGCAGCGCUUGUAUGUAACAGUGGAACUGUAACAUUUGGUCAAUAAAAAUGAUCAAAUGUUCUGCUGUCUGCCUCCACCCCACCCUGACUCUUCUUUCUGUUAAG